AUGGCAGUGGGCCGCUACACAGGGAACAGGGCCAGCAAGCUCCGGGAGCCGAAAUCGGCUGCGGUGAGCGAGAACCCAAAAUUCUUCCCACCGCUUGGCCCACCCCCGGGGACUCUGCGCGACCUCUACCUCACGCGGAGAGCUUGCUCCAAGCUUGCUGCCGGACGUCUUGCUCGCUCCACAGUGCUGGGGUCUCCUUGUCGACUGCUACCGGCCUCAUCGAUAGCAUUGAAGCAUUCAGCACCCAGCCAAAGACGCUGCUAUACCUCUUCUCGAUACCAGCCUCAUCUCUCGACUCGCUCGACCGUCGUUCAGCUGCUCAGCAACAUCGGCUCGAAGCGAGAGGUCCAGCAGUACCUCUCCCACUUUACCUCGGUCUCAUCCCAGCAAUUCGCAGUGAUCAAGGUCGGCGGUGCCAUCAUCACUGAACACUUGCAGACCUUGUCCUCGGCACUGGCGUUUUUGAACCAUGUUGGACUCUACCCCAUCGUCGUCCAUGGUGCCGGCCCCCAGCUGAACAAGAUGCUCGAGGAUGCCGGUGUGGAGCCCCAGUUCGAGGAUGGAAUUCGGGUCACGGAUGGAAAGACGCUGGCGUUGGCCCGGUCACUGUUCAUGGAGGAGAAUCUCAAGCUGGUCGAAGAGCUGGAACGGUUGGGCGUGAGAGCCAGACCGCUUACGACCGGUGUCUUCUCGGCGGAUUAUCUGGACAAGGAGAAGUAUGAUCUGGUUGGGAAGAUUAAUGGCGUCAACAAGAAGCCCAUCGAGGCUGCAAUUGAGGCUGGAUGUCUUCCCAUCCUGACUUCCAUGGCCGAGACGCCCGAGGGCCAGGUGCUCAACGUCAACGCGGACGUUGCGGCCGGUGAGCUUGCUAGGGAACUACAGCCGCUGAAGAUCGUCUAUCUUGCCGAGAAGGGAGGCCUCUUCAACGGAGAUACCGGCGAGAAGAUCUCGGCUAUCAACCUGGAUGAAGAGUACGAUCAUCUCAUGAAGCAAUGGUGGGUUCGUCACGGAACUCGUCUAAAGAUAAAGGAGAUGAAGGAGCUCCUUAUGGACCUCCCGCGCACGUCCAGCGUUGCCAUCAUCCACCCAGCCGAUCUCCAGAAGGAACUGUUCACCGACACCGGUGCCGGGACCCUGAUCCGACGAGGUAACAAGGUACUCACCAGGAACAGUAUCGAUGAGUUUGAGGACGUCGAGGCGAUGAAGAACGCUCUCGUUCGUGAUCGUGAAGCCCUAGAUGCCAGAGCAACUGUUGACCGGUACGUCGAGGCCCUCAAGGGCCGAGAUAUCAAGGCUUACUCCGACGAGCCCAUGGAAGCCCUGGCAAUCGUCCUGUCACCCAAACCCGGCUCAUCGUUGGCUCAUCUGGCCAACAUGUCCAUAACCAAGGCUGGCUGGUUGACCCACGUUGCCGAUAACGUUUUCACCAGUAUCCAGAAGGACUUCCCCAAGCUGGUAUGGACCGUCAAGGAGGAUGACGAGAACUUGUCUUGGUUCUUCGAUAAAGCUGACGGUAGCUUGAGCCGUGACGGCGAGGUUCUCUUCUGGUCCGGUGUUCAGGAUGCGGAUGAAGUCAAGAACCUCGUUCUCGAGUUUACCAAGAACGGACGUGAUAUGUUGGGGAACCUCAGUCUAGAGUCUUCUCUACAGGGUAACGCUACGCAGGCUCCCAGAGCGCCGUCUGGCGGCCUCGCUUCGGCGGGUGCACAGCAGAAGAGAGCCUUCUCAACGGCCAGCAGCACAUCUACUCUUCGAUCGUUCAGACAGCAAGUAGCAGCCAACUUCUCCUCAACACGAUCAUACACGACCAAAACCAACCCCAAUCCACCACUGGGCAAGAAGAAUGCAUCCAACACCAAGCCUUCAAAGGUUGCUCUAAUCGGUGCCCGUGGCUAUACAGGACAAGCCUUGAUCAGCCUGCUCAGUGCCCACCCAUACAUGGACCUGGCACACGUUUCUUCCCGCGAACUCGCAGGAAAACCUCUCCAGGGCUACGAGAAGCGUGAGAUCAUCUACGAAAACCUCAGCCCCGACGACGUCAAACGGAUGGCCGAACACGGCGACGUUGACUGUUGGGUCAUGGCCAUGCCGAACGGCGUCUGCAAGCCUUUCGUCGACGCCGUCGAUCAAGUUGACAAAGAGAGGGCCGUCAUCGUUGAUUUGAGCGCUGACUAUCGGUUCGACAGCAACUGGACCUACGGCCUACCUGAGCUCGUUAGCCGUUCUGCCAUCGCCCAGGCCACUCGUAUUUCGAACCCGGGAUGCUAUGCCACCGCAGCCCAGGUCGGUAUUGCGCCAUUGGUCCCUUAUCUAGGUGGCCAGCCCACCGUGUUCGGUGUCUCAGGUUAUUCUGGCGCGGGAACGAAACCAAGCUUGAAGAACGAUGUGAAUCAUUUGACGAAUAACAUCAUCCCGUACAGUCUCACGGACCAUAUCCACGAGAAGGAAAUCGGUAUCCAGCUCGGUGCAGAGGUCGCCUUUAUUCCUCAUGUCGCCGUCUGGUUCCAGGGUAUUCACCAUACCAUCAACAUCCCGCUGAAGGAGUCUAUGGCAUCGCGUGAUAUUCGCAAUCUCUAUCAGGACCGUUAUGCAGGUGAAAAGCUCGUCAAGGUUGUUGGCGAGGCACCUCUAGUCAAGAACAUCUCGGGCCGCCAUGGCAUCGAGGUCGGGGGUUUCGCCGUUCACUCCAGCGGCAAGCGUGUCAUUGUCUGUGCAACCAUUGACAACCUGCUGAAGGGUGCUGCUACUCAAUGUCUUCAAAACAUGAACCUUGCUCUAGGAUAUUCCGAAUACGAAGGUAUCCCCAUGGACAAAAGCAGCUAA